UUUACACUCUCAUACACACAUAUUCAUAUAAUAACAAUAUCUUAAUCAUUCUCCCCUACCCAACAUUUCAAUAUUGUAGCCCUGUGUGGGUUAAAGAGGAUCUUUUGCUGACUGUAGAGGCAGCAGUGGAAUUGUCUGUGGUGCUGAUGGGAAAGCUUUCAGCCUGAGCCUGUGUUGAUGAAUGCAAGCGCCCAGCCAGCUCCCUCCCGACAUCCUGCUGCAGAUUUAGAGAUUUAUAACAUCUAAUUGAGAUCAUGUCACCGACGUGAUACCUCUCUGGGGGAUGAAAGCAGUUCCCUGUUUGCGCAGCCUCUAUCUUGCAGCUGGAAAAUAUGGCGCUGAACAAUUUUCUCUUCGCCCAAUGUGUCCUCUAUUUUCUGGCAUUUUUGUUCAGCUUCAUCGCUGUGAUCCCUCUGACUGAAAACAGCACUGACUUCCAUGGAAAAUGCCUUCUGUUCACUGAGGGCAUGUGGCUCAGCGUCAAUAUUACAAUGGAGAGGGAGCACUUCACAGUGGAUGAGUGGGGGCCAGAGUCUGCCUGCAGGUUCAGUGUAUUCACCGGGCUUCUGUCAUUGCUGGCUUCUGCCGUGCAGGCCUGGAGGAGCCUCUUCUUCCUUUGCAAGGGCCACGAGGACUCUUUCUUUUACGCCUUCCUGAAUCUGCUGAUCAGCUCCUUUGUGGUUUUUGUCAUAUUUAUUGCCAGCACCAUUGUUAGUGUUGGAUUUAACAUGUGGUGUGAUGCCAUCACAGAAAAAGGAAGCCUUCCUCAAAGUUGUGAAGAACUUCAGGACCGAGACCUAGAACUUAACUUAGAAAACUCAUCUUUCUAUGAUCAGUUUGCCAUUGCACAGUUUGGAUUGUGGGCAGCCUGGCUGACUUGGCUGGGAAUAACCAUUCUGGCAUUCUUGAAGGUUUAUCACAACUACAGACAAGAGGACCUCCUGGACAGUUUGAUUCAUGAAAAGGAGCUGCUGAUAGGGAAAUCAUCUUCAAGAAAUUCUAUGCAGGAAGAAAAAAGUGGCAUAAUUUAAUUUCAGUGAAUACUGCACAAAGUACCACGUGUCUGAAUCACUAGUCAGUGUAAAGUAUUCCUAUCUAUAAUGCUGAUUUCUAACUGGAAGUAGCUGGGUGGAAUCUUGGUGGCAGAAAUCUAACCAGAACUCUGGUGUAAUGUACUGUAUGCUGAUUGGGGCAAAGGCAUAAUAUUCUUAAAUGGGAGCUGUUUAUGGACAGGAGUGCCUUCUUGUAAUUUAAAAAAUAUUAUUUAAAUAGCAUGAAAUGUGCAGAAUGGGAAAAAAAAACUUUUGUUCUGUUUUAAUAAGU